AUGCUUAAAAUCGAGGGACUUGGGCCGAAGAUGGACCCGGAGGAGAUGAAAGAAAAAAUGCGCGAGGAUGUCAUCACGUCUGUUCGCAACUUUUUGAUUUAUGUUGCGCUUCUUCGAGUCAGUGAGUAUCCAGGCGCCUCAUGCAUUCAGGAUGAUUAA